AUGCGGAUCCUACUGCCCAGUUACCCGACCGUUCACUCUUGCAUCCAGCGGCAAGUCGGAGUCCUCCGAAGCUUCACCACACAACGAAGGAAAGAGUGUCCUACCUAUCCCUGGUCCAAACGCCGCACGCUUUGCUCAAUGUCGCUCUCAUCUACCGACAAGUCCUCGUCCGACUUCGAGUUCGAGCCGAUCGAGGGAGUGGAGAGGAUUGAGAAGUAUCGGCCCUGGGGCUAUCAUCCUCUGCAAAUCGGCGACACUCUUCACCACCGGUAUCGGGUUAUUAAUAAGCUUGGACAUGGCACCUUCUCUACUACUUGGCUCGCCCGAGAUGAACUGGAGCCAAACCGCUCUGUUAGCCUUGUUGCCAUCAAAAUCACCAUCGCAGACGCCAAUACCGCCGAGCUGAAAGCGCUCUCUGCCCUGAAUUCGCCUCCACAGCACCCCUCAGGCCAUGCAGACAGCCAUUUUGUCCCCGAAUUGAUUGAUCGAUUCAGCCUGCAAGGUCCUCAUGGCACGCAUGUCUGCCUCGUUACUGUCCCUGGGAGAGCCAGUCUCGCGCGAGUAAAGGAUGCAUCCUUCCGAGGGUUCUUUCAGCUCGACGUUGCCAGAGCCUUGGCUGCUCAGCUUAUUCUAGCUGUUUCUUACCUACACUUCCGCGGGUUCGUUCAUGGAGACCUGCACCUGGGAAAUGUCUUGCUGCGACUGCCACGGCAGAUGGCGGAGAUGUCUGACGAGCAGAUUUACAGCACCUUUGGUGAACCAAGACUAGAGCCAGUAGUUCGGUACGACAAGAAGCAGCUGGCGCCGCAUGUGCCAUCGUCUGGUGUUCUUCCCAUAAUCCUGGGGAAGCCAAGUGAAGAAAUCACGCUGCCAGAAGCAAGCAUCUGCCUUGCCGACUAUGGCGAAGCCCAUUCUCCAGGGAGCGAGGCAAGAUUUGAAUCUCGUGCUCCCCUCACUCUGCAGCCGCCCGAAUCUUGGUUCGAACCGGAGGAGCCGCUUUCGUUCGCAUCCGACAUCUGGACGUUGGCCUGUGCCGUUUGGGACAUACUAGGACAUAGGUCUCUAUUUGAUGGAUGCCUCGCCACGGCCGAUGACAUAACCUGCGAGCAAGUCGAGAUUCUUGGCAUGCUACCGACCGAAUGGUGGACUAGGUGGGAAGCAAGAUCGAAAUGGUUCACAUCCACUGGCGUGCCGAAAGGGAACAUUCAGACACUCGACGAUCGUUUUGAAUCGAGCCUCCAGGAGCCGCGGGAGCAUAGGGAGCUGCCGACGUUUGAUGCCGAUGAGAGACGGGCCAUCCUGGCGCUCAUGCGGUCUAUGCUCGUCUUUCCACCACAGAAACGAGCGAAUAUUGGCCAGGUCGUCAAUUCGGAGUGGAUGCAGAAAUGGGCGCUUCCUGAAUGGAACAAGUUACAGCUCACAUCCGCGGCAUCACCCGUUUGA